AUUUUUAAAAAUAUUUAUUUAAAAAAUUAUUUUUAAAUUAUAACUCUAAUUUUUAAUAAAAAUUAAAAUUUAUACACAUUAUUAUUUUUUAAUUAAAAAUUAUAAUAAUUAAAAAACAACCAAAUUUAAGAAAAGUCGGUAGGAAAAACGAAAAAGGGUAAAACAGGGUAACCAGCAACGAGCUAAAUGGCGAUUUCCUGCUUACUUUUCUCAACUUUGACUACUCCGUAUCAAAAAAAAAAAAAAACCAACACCAACACGCUUCAGGCUUCCGUUUCUCGCUCCUUCCUCAUAAAUUCCUCCGCUUUCCGUCAGGUACGUCCGGUUACCAUCGCCACCGUGUCGGAAUUCUCACCCUGUAAGUCUGUAACUGCUGCGAAGCUGCCGCAUUUGACAAAGCUUUGUUCUCAGUCAAGUCAAGAGGCUGCUGGUUGCUUGUGACUAGGAGUGCUAGGGUUUUGGUUUUGUAGGAGAGUUGCAGAUCUGCGGAGUUUUUGUGCGGAUUGCUGGCUAAGGUUUUUCUUUGUUUGGUGUUGUUCGUUUUUGUGGUUUUGAGAGGUGGCUGUGGAUGGUAGCCUGCGGACAAAGAGGAGUACAGAGGUGUUGUUUGUAGAUGAUGAACGGAGCUCCGGGGAGCGAUCGCAGAGGGAGGCGCCGUUUUGGUAAAUUCCUCAGAUGGAAUGGCAGAUCUUGCUAGCUACGGGAAUGCCCAUCGUGACAUCGACCAGGUCUCUCUCUUCGGUCUCCGUACAUGCGCCGUCUAUGCACGUGUUUACUAAUUCUCAAAAUUUUGAAGCCAUGAUCUCCUUAAGAAUUUUCUGUUCUUCCUCCCCCCCUAAUUUGUUUGUGUUUUGAAUUUAAGUGGCCGAUCAUAGUGAGUAAUUUGACUGAGAGCUUUCUCGGCAUUUUUUAUUUUAAUUAUUUUGCAAAAUGGCUGAAAUAUUUAUGUGCUUUUUGGGUUGUAGACUAGAUGACUAGAUUUUGUUUUUUUCUUUUGGUAUUUUGGGUUUGUGUUGUUGAUGUAAUUGAUAAUGAACGAAGGAAGCUUUGAUUAGGGGUGCUUUAUGUUCUGGAGAUGAAUUCAGUUGUGCGUGUUCAUUUGAACAUUUUCAAAGCACAAUAAUUGAACAGCGGGUUUAUGGAUUGUUUGAUUACUAGUGAAUUUUAGCAAAGAAAAAUCGAAUAAAUGAAAGUUAAAGUA